UGCAUUGGCCUUAUUGUACAGUACAGGAUGAAAUGUUACAGACUCAUUUUUCACAGCAGGCUAAGGAUGUAUCAUUACAGGAAAUUUAUAUUUAAAACACACCUUUGUUGAAGUGUUUGAAAGCAGCAGUAUUUAUUCUAAAGGCCUGUGUGGAUCAUCCUUGCUGGAAGAAAAAGGUAAAGACGUAAUUUGCUCCGACAAGGUGCCAGCCUGGUUGGUUUAAUGACAUUUUAAGAGCUUCAUCUGAAUAUCCCAGUGAGCCUAAUGAGGGAUAUAUAUCUUUUCCCCUGGAGCUGAAGUCCUGUCUCUGUGGGAACCGAGUGAUAGCAGGUAGACUUUGCCCUGAAGGUGAGCCAACACUACAGGAAGAGCGGCAGAGCAGAUUCCUGGCUGUCGCAGCAGAGUUUUGUGCCUCAGUCCAUUAAAAGAUCUGCUAGCUUUUGGUGGAAUGGACCAAACUAAUGGCAGCAGGAAUGGUGGAUAUGGACUUCACCCCCCUCCGUACAACCUUCAGGACUAUGGAGAGAGUUCUAAUAGAGGCGUGAGCUAUCAGGUGGGGAAGGGGAAUGUUGCUGUGGUCUCCCCUCCUGGCACCUAUGAUAACAUGGUCAAUCCAGAGCCUGCGGCAGCAGCUGAAGGCAGCCAGCAGUAUGAUCAAGCUCCGCCUGUCUACUCUUAUGGCUUCGAGGAUAGCGGCUUCAGUGAUGCUGCCAUACGAAGAGGUUUCAUAAGGAAAGUCUACUUGACCUUGAUGAUUCAGCUGCUGGUGACUGUGGGGAUCAUCUGUGCUUUUCUUUACUGGGCAGCGGUGAUGGUGCUCAUCGUGGCCUUGUCCUGCUGUGUCAACCUCCGUCGUCAGGUCCCCCUCAAUUUCAUCGCCCUGGGCCUGUUUACUAUUGCAGAGGGCCUCAUGCUUGGAUCUGUGGCAGUGUACUUUGAUGCUGAAGCAGUUCUGUGGGCUGUGGGGGCAACAGCGAUUGUGUCCUUUGCCUUGAGUCUGUUUGCUAUGCAGUCAAAGUGGGACCUCACUGCAGCAAAUGGGAGCCUGUGGGUGUUUGCCUGGACCCUCUUUUCGUUUGCAUUGCUUUGUGCAAUCCUCAGAUCUCAGUAUCUUUACAUCGUAUACGCCUGCCUGGGAACCUUGCUGUUUUCCUUAUACUUGGUGUUUGAUACCCAGCUUAUCCUGGGUGGGAAACACAGGAAGUAUGAGUUGUCUCCUGAGGAGUAUGUGUUUGCUGCUCUGAACCUCUAUUUGGACAUUGUCUCCCUGUUCCUGCUCCUGCUGCAGCUCAUCGGCCUCUGCCGCUGACACCGAACCUCCGUGACAGACAUCCCAAAAGCAACACUGAAACACAAGACUCUUACUUCCAGUUUCAAUUUCAAACUGUACAACGAAAGUACAUGUAUCUAGAAUUGUAAGAUUAACAACCCACUUGAAGCUCAACACACGUGCUAUCAUAUUUAAGUACGACAGAUGUCUAUGAUGUAUCCAAGUUACAGCUGUUUCUCUUAAUGGACACAUCAAGGUGAGAGUUAAAAUUCACUAGAAUAUACUGUGUGCAACGUGCUUUUGAUAUUUGAGUUUUAUACUGCAGUAAAAUGUGUUUUUACCUAGAUAUCCAAAUUCUUUGUGCUUAAUAUUCAUUUCUAUUAAAUUUAACUUAACAGUUGUUUUCAGUGUUCUGUAACAAGAAACUGAAAUUUAAGGCAAACAGAAAGUAACGAAACAGCCACUCAACAAGUAAUUUACAGUGAUAUUACAUCAAAGUAGUUUAGCAAUCCUGUGACCUGUGCAGCAUUUACGUUAUAAGUCCUGCUAAACUAAUGAUCACUGUUGAGGAUCAGUUUAAAUAAAGUUUAAAGAUGCUUAUGGAAAACCAGAUUCCAGAAACCAAACUAACUCCAUUAAAGGACAGAAUCAGCUUUAGCACUCCCAUAAAACCAGCUGUUUGCUCUGUUCUUUUUUAUCUCCAAAAUAUGAUGGCUGUUCAGAAUUGUAGGUAUCUAAAUGACCAAUAAAAUUCAAGAACACCUAACAUCUGUAAGAACUACAAUUACUUCCUCAGAGUUGUUUGCUUCUGCCAACCCUUCCAGUUGCAGUUUACAUCCAUGUCUGUCCUCAUAUAACAUAUGUAGUGAAGAAUUUGAAGGAAUUUAAUAAAAGGUAUUAAGUGUAUUUUAUCAUAAUUAGUGUAUGAAUUCUUGAAUUAUGGCCAACAUCAUGUUUUGUGAGGUCACCAUGACCUUUGACCACCACAUUCUAAUCAGUUGUUCCAAAUUUGAGGACAUUCCUUCAAAGCAUUCCUGGGAUAUCGUGUGAAUGGACAACCCAAAAACAUAAUGCCUCCAACCUCAGCUGUCGCUGGCGCGAGGGCAUAAUAAACACAAAUUAAAACUCAACACAUGGUUUAUUGGCA